AUGUCGGCGACUCCUAUGGACAUCGAUGCCGAGUCGUCCCCGGCACCGGCAGAGGCUCCCCAAUUGAAUAUAACAAGGACUUUAGGGACCAACGUCAGCACCACCUCCGCCGUCAGCGAGGUCAUUGCCAACUUCAGGCCAACCAAGCUCUUCAAACGAGAUGAGUCCAAAGAGGGCAAACCUCCAUCAUAUAUUCUUUCGAUCGACUACGAUGAUCCCGGCGAGCUGUGCAUGACAUCCGAGAGUGACGAGACAAUCCAAAUCUACAAUGUCAAAGAGGGCCGCCAUGACAAGACCCUGUUGAGUAAGAAGUACGGAGUCAAGCUGGCCAGAUUCACCCACGCCAGCUCCAGCAUCAUCUAUGCCAGCACAAAGCAGAACGAUGCCAUCCGCUACCUAGCAACGCACGACAACUCCUUCAUCCGCUACUUCGAAGGCCAUGAAGGCCCGGUGACCGCCUUGACGAUGCACCCCGGUGCCGACAACUUCAUAUCAUGCGGGCGCGACAACACCGUACGGCUGUGGGACAUGAACACCAAGUUCUGGACCGCGCAGAUCAACCUCCGUACUCCCUACCUCGCCGCCUACGAUCCCUCUGGCCAGGUGUUCGCAGUUGCAUCAUCUUCUAGCGGAAGCAUCCUGCUUUACGACCACCGCAAUUAUGUCAAACCAUUCAAUGUCUUUGACAUUGUCGAGAAAUGCCACCCCGUCGACACGCAUUACACCAUGCAGGGCUGGACGAAGCUCGAAUUCUCCAAUGACGGGAAGCAUAUCCUCCUUGGGGCCAACGGGAAGGGCCAUUUCCUGCUCGACGCAUUCACAUGCGAGUUAAAGGCCUACUUGCGCAAGCCUGACGGUGGCACUAGAAGGGCUGCCCCUGGCGAGGCCAACCUGAGAGGCCCGCCCUCCGAAAACCCCACCAACAUGGAGAGCAGUGGCGAAUGCUGCUUCACGCCGGAUGGUAGGUACGUCUUGAGCGGCUCUAAGAAGGAUGUUCUUGUGUGGGAUGUCUUGGGAACGACCAACGAGAAGAAGGUGCUGGAGCCAAGUUACGUCCUGGAGGACAAGAAGGAAGCGGCGGUCUUGGCUUACAACCCACGGUUCAACUUCUUUGCGACAGCAGACCAGCAGUUGGAGUUUUGGCUGCCUGACCCCCAUGCCUAA